AUGGAUGGUCGUUCUACUCACUUCAAACCUGAAUAUGAGAAUGAUACUGCCCCGUUCAUUUCCUCUGCAGUUGAAAUGUUACUCACAGGUCCUGAAUUCCGCUUGCGUCCAUCUCAGAUCAACACCGCAAUCUUUGUUCGUGAUCCCAAAGGUAUCGUCCGCGACACUGGCGGAUACGCGGUCGCUUUGAAGUAUACAGCUAAGAAGAUCUACGAUAUUCAUCCGGGUGACUCCUGGUGGGCGUCAAGCGAAUUCGGGUGGGUCGUGGGUCAUUCAUACUGCUGCUACGCACCAUUGCUACAGCGUGCCACAACAAUCAUUUACGAGGGUAAACCCGUUGGAACUCCUGAUGCCGCCCAAUUCUUUCGUGUCCUUUCGGAGAACAAAGUUCGCGGUUGGUUCCUCACCCCAAGCGCUGCACGUGCUAUACGCAGUGAAGACCCGGAACUCGAUCUGAGUGAGAAGUAUCGCACCGGACGACCGGGAUUACGAAAUUUAGCCAACGUGUUUGUGGCCGGUGAGCAUUGUGACGAAAGCACAAUGCGAUGGUUGGCAAGAAUGCUUCCCGCUCACGUGAAAAUCAGUGACACAUGGUGGCAAACUGAGACCGGUUGGCCAAUCACAUCAAGCUGUCUUGGUUACGAGGAUGGUUGUGCAAACACUCAGGGUUGUGUGGCCCCGAUUGGUUCAGCCGGUCUUCCGGUUCCCGGUUACAAUGUACAACUGGUGGAACACAAGGAAGGCAAUACAAGUUCACAAUCUGUAGACAGGGAACUGGAGAGUGGGAAAGAUGAGAAGCCGUUGUCUCGAAUCGUGGUCAAGUUGCCUCUGCCACCAGGAACUGCAACCACCCUGUGGAAUGAUGAUAAACGGUUUGAGGAGCUGUAUUUCUCGAAAUACCCGGUAAUUCAUUUAGUAAAAUUUGCUUUUUAUUUCAGCCAAUAUUUAGCUAGUGCACUGAAAACUGUUUUAAUCUCUUUAAAUACUCGCAAAGAUACAAUGAUUACCAUAAACUGA